CAGUUAAAUUACAAUCAGGGCAGGCAGAGGAAUUUGGGAGGAAAACGAAAGCCGCCCCCUUUUUCCUUCACAGUUUACCGCUCCGUUAACACCGUCGAGUCUCCGGUUGAGGUCCAUGUUAGCACAGACACAUAGUUACAGCUGACACCGCGGGACACGCUGGAAGAGACGGGGACACCUCCGCAGGAUGCCGAGCACCGUGCACGUGAAGUGAAAAUCGUUUCGGCAAGAUGUGAGAUGAACCGGGAGAAGACAGCGACCGAGGCCAACGACAUCAUGUUGGUCCGGAGCUCGCACGGCCGAGGCCGAGCCAGAGUGACUCAUGCGGUGGUGGUGAUCUUCCUGGAGUUCUUCGCCUGGGGGCUCCUGACAACGCCCAUGCUAACCGUCCUCCAUGAGACGUUUCCUCAGCACACCUUCCUGAUGAACGGCCUGGUUCACGGGGUGAAGGGCUUCCUGUCGUUUCUGUCGGCUCCUCUGAUUGGUGCUCUGUCAGACAUCUGGGGCAGGAAGUCCUUCCUCCUCAUGACGGUCUUCUUCACCUGCGCCCCCAUCCCCUUCAUGAGGAUCAGCCCCUGGUGGUACUUUGCUCUGAUCUCAGUCUCAGGGAUCUUCGCUGUGACCUUCUCGGUGAUCUUCGCCUACGUGGCCGACAUCACAGAGGAGCACGAGAGGAGCACAGCCUACGGACUGGUCUCAGCGACCUUCGCGGCCAGCUUGGUGACGAGCCCGGCCAUUGGGGCCUACCUGUCCUCACAGUACGGCGACAGUCUGGUGGUCCUGGUCGCCACGGUGAUCGCCGUUACCGACAUCGCCUUUGUGUUCUUCGUGGUCCCCGAGUCGCUGCCAGACAAGAUGAGACUGACGUCCUGGGGCUUCCCCAUCUCCUGGGAGCAGGCCGACCCGUUCGCUUCUCUGCGUCGUGUUGGCAAAGACACCACAGUGCUGCUGAUCUGUGUCACAGUGUUCCUGUCCUACCUGCCUGAGGCCGGACAGUACUCCAGCUUCUUCCUCUACCUGAAACAGGUGAUCGAGUUUUCUCCUGCAGCCAUUGCUGCCUUCAUCGCCAUGGUGGGAAUCCUCUCCAUAGUCGCUCAGACUCUGUUCCUCAGCGUGUUGAUGAGGACCAUAGGUAAUAAGAACACAGUUCUCCUGGGUCUGGGCUUUCAGCUCUUCCAGCUGGCCUGGUACGGCUUCGGCUCCGAGCCAUGGAUGAUGUGGGCAGCAGGAACUGUAGCAGCCAUGUCCUCCAUCACCUUCCCAGCAGUCUCUGCUCUGGUGUCGCACAGUGCGUCACCUGACCAGCAAGGUGUGGCCCAGGGGAUGAUCACAGGUAUCAGAGGUCUUUGUAAUGGUUUGGGUCCGGCUCUCUACGGCUUCAUCUUCUUCCUCUUCAACGUGGAGCUGAACGACAUACAGCCGGUGCCAGGAAGGACCUCACAGAACACAGAGAAGUCUCUGAUCCCCGGCCCUCCCUUCCUGUUUGGAGCGUGCGCCGUCUUGUUCGCUCUCCUCGUCGCCAUCUUCAUCCCCGAGCACCACCGACUGGCCGACGUCAAGACCUGCUCCGCCCGCAAGUCCAGCAGCACCUCCUCGUCCUCCUCCGCCGCACACGCUCAGAACUCCAGCCCUCUGGCCACGCCCACCAGUGAUGCGGAGGACAUCGAGCCUCUCCUACAGGACAGCAGCAUGUGACUGACAGCCGGCCCGGCCAUUCACAACACUGAGGCCGUUAGCACUGUCUGCUAAGCCCCGCCCCCUUCAGAGUCAACCGUAUUCAGCUUUUAUUUUUUUAUUUCUUCAGACUGUUGAGAUUAAAGAGCCAGAGCGCGUUAGACGGCAACCACGCUGACGACGUUUAUUUAUUCUCUUCGACACGUUUGAUCAGUUCUGGUUUCUUUAUGGGUUCGUGUUCAGACGGAGAAAAUAAAAUGGCUUCUUCAUGGUCCUUCUUUUCUUCUGCUGUGACCUUAAUCUUUGUCAUCGCUGUUGUCCGCCACAGCAGCAACAGCGUUUAUUUUACUAAUAAAUUCUAACCUUUUUUUUUUUCCAAUUUUAAUCACAUUCUGCGUCAUUGUUUUAACUCCUGAAGCCAUCUUUAGCACCUGCCCAGGUGUGUUGGUGCAGGUGUUACCAAAGGGCUUUACGUCGGUCACCGCUGCAGGAUGUUUGUCACCAGAACCCCGUUAAAGUAAGAGCUGCUGUUUAGUGCCAAACAGAUAAACUCAGUGUUCAUGUCGGAUCCAAUCGCUCUUCACUGAAGUAGGAAAUGUGAUUUCAGGCCUUUUAGCAACAAAACAAACUAUUAACUGCAGAUAGAUUAAUGUGUUCUCCCUCCUGAACGCCAUGUUUACAACUCAAAGCAGCGUCAUGGAAUUCGUAAAACAAAACGACCUGAUUUCAGACAUCGAACCAAAAACACACUGACUUUGAGACGAGGGAACAGGAAAUGCUAACAUACUAAUUUCUGUGUUUUAGGACUGAUUCCUGCAGCGCUCUAUAAUCUUAAAACACGUCUAAUGUUGCACAGAAUAUGAUCCUUGUGUCACUAAUUUAAAAUCCAGAGCUGCACUGCGACAUCGUUCACUAGUCUCAUGUGACUGUAGCUGGUGUGUGCAGCUAGUUGAUGGCGUAAGUGUCUAAUGUGCACGUAAAGCUAGCGAGCGCUAACAGUUUGCUGAUCCACACAUGCCUGUUAAGUAUGUGUUUAAUAAUGUACGGCUGCCAAACCACAAAUCUAAUACACGGCUCAAGAGAAGCUCAACAGAGAGGAGACCCAAAACAAAACACAGAGUGAUUAAUGGAGAGAAACAUGAAAUAAAAUAAAUGAUAUAAUAUAGUCGUGUUUUCUGAUGAAAGUCAGUUUUUAGAAGAGCAGACGGACCGUGCAGUGUGAUCAAAUCUCGUUCAGCAGGUGUAGAUACAUGACGGGGAUGUCUCGUGAAAACUAUGCUGAGUUACUCUGACGUACGUUGAGUUACUCUGACGUACGCUGAAUUACUCUGAGGUAAAACGCACCAUGAACUGCUUUUUGUCCGUUUAACAGUUUCUGAAAUCCAUCAGUCUGGUUGCCGUCUAAACCCUCUGGAGUCAGUUUGCCUUCCCUCUGUGUGCUUCACCCAACUCCACCUGUCAGGUCUGCAGAGGUCAGGAGAUCAAAAGCUCCUCGCUGUUCGGCACCAGCGGGGAGGUGGAGGUGCGUUGGGUUCACUGCACAGCUGACACCAAGUGUCCCCAAAACUACGGACUGUUGUUUUACCUGAAACUCUUCAGCAGGACGGAGGCACCGGAGAGAGGACGGUGAGGUCAGAGCUGCUCGGCAUUGUGGGAUGUGAUGCAGGAGGGAUGAUGGGAGUCGCCUGUUCCUCUGUUGUCGCCGUUUAUAUUUAACCUCCGCAGUACCGACUGUUUUUACUCUGGAUUUUAUUUUAAUUUUUUUAAUGUCUGCAAAACAACGAGACUUGUGGAUAUACAGUUACCAUGACAACGGACCGUCACUCACACUGAGCAUGUGCAAGCUCGGGCCGGCUGUGACGUCAUCGUCCUCUCCUGCUGAGUGUUUUCAUACUUGAGGACAAAAACUAGAAACAUUGAUAUGUUUAUGAAAUUAUUUCAGACAGUGUGAAGUGCUUAUAGAGGCGUUCAUACGGAGCCCGGCGGCGUCACGGAGAAGAGAAAGAAAUAUAAUUUCUAAACACGAUUUACUGACUCCUGCUCUGGCUCAAAUAUCAUGUUAUGUAUUUUAUGUCCUCCUGUGAUGCAGAGGGCAGGAAACACCUGCAGUCAGACUGAUUUUAACGAAGCGCUCCAGUCUUUAUGAGCCACGUGACGUCCACAGUUCUCCUGUAAAAUGUGUUCAAUGGAUCUGAAAGACGCAAGCGUUGUGUUUUACAAACAGAACCUGAAGUAUCUCCACAUAUCUGAGUCUGAAUUAAAUCCAAAAGUUCCAGAGAGACAGUGAAGGAAUUGCACCUGGCGAUACUGACGACAUGAAGCUCAGUAGUUUUUGUCUCCAUGGCGUCUCCGGGCUCCGUGCGCUUUAUUUAUCUCACUGGAUCAUAUCUCAGUAUCACAUCUAUCGAUGUUUCAUCUGUUCUUCUUGUGUUUGAAUACUUGAAGUGUUUCGAGCCUGUCAGUUAUCUUCAGGCUCCUCCUCCUCCCGCCGCCCACCUGACACCGUGCAGGACGAAUCAAGACAUAGUUUGAACAUUUGUUUCUGAUCGUCACCUGUGCCAUGAACGUUCUGUUCUCGUCGUCUUCAGUCUGAGUUUUAAACCACGGGAACGUUCGGGGUUCGAGGGUCGGCGGGUCGUUGAGAACCAAAUGGUGCCAUUCUUCUUCUUCUUUUGCCUUUUUUUGUUUUUAGAUGUUUUUUAAGAGGUCAAACCACAUGUUUCCAAAAACAACCCACCCUUCCCUCCUCAGUCUGAGCUGGUACUGUGCUGUUGCCAUAGCAACGGGUUUGUUACUGUAUUUACGCCAAACUUUACCUGGCUGUUCAGAACGGAGACAAGAUGGCCGACAGUUUUCUUCUCUGGUUAAAGAUGAAAUUACCAGACCCCAUGUCACACCUCACCUCUCACCCAGUGCAUGCUGGGACAGGCUGUGGCCCCCAGUGACCCUGAGUGGAGCGGACCUGAGGUGGUUUCUCAUGUUUUAGUCUGCUGAUUGAUUUUCUCCUUACUGUUAAAAGAAGUCGAGAACGGCCGUGCUUGGGAUUAUUUUUCAGAUCCCAUUAUCUUCAGAUCACAACUUAUUUUGUUAUCUUGAGAAAACCAAAAAGAGGUUUUUGUUUCUAACGACGUAACUUCAGCAAACAAACUUCACAUUUAACCCCCGAAUAACUCGAGUUAUGAAUCGUCUCGACCAUCAUGACGGAGAUCUCAAAGGCUGAAUUCAGGUGAUAAAAUGAAGCAGAUACUCAGUGUAGAGUUGUCAGUAAUCAUCUUGUGAUCUCGAGAAAACAAAAGUCUCUUUCUGGUGAUAAAUGUCGUCCUUUUGUUUUCUCAAGAGUCGACAUAAAUGAACCCAUCAGGUCCAGAAGACAACCUUUGUGAUCUCCAGAUAACACUGUACCUGCAGUUAUUUGCAAAGAAUAACUGCAGGUACGCCGUCCCCGUAGAGAACAUCUGCAGAGACUUCAAACAUCACUAAACUCAGAAAUAAUUACAGAUUAUUUGGAUCCCUGUUAGCUAACGUCCGAGCAUCAGCUUGUCUCCGGCGGUCUGACAUAUAAAUCUCACAAUUAAACAUCUCCAUGUUGGAUGAUGUUCAUAGUUUCCAACAUGAACCUGAAUGUAGCAUCAGUGUCGUCACAGCUGCAGAAACACCUAAGCGUCCUGGUGUUGAUGAUGAUGAUGAUGAUGAUGAUGAUGAUGAUGUGCAGCUUCAUGAAGCACAAUCAUGUUACAACCAGAGUGGAUGUGUCUGAAGAGUUCUAAAAUUCAGUCUCCUCAUCUUUAAAACAUGAAGUAUUAUUUUAAAUUUAGCUCCGUCAGCUCGUCUGACUUUUGUUUUUAAAAACCAAACUUUUAAUCUUUAAUCUCGAGUUUGAUUUUUUUCUCAAAGAUGAUGUCAAAAACAGGAAGUUGGACCUACAGUAUAUUUUUCUACAGUCAGUCUGAAGCCCUGCAGAGGCGUUGACUCAAUGUCCCAGAAUCCACUGCAGUGUUAGAGACAACAUCCUGUUUGUUCUGAUCCUGUCUCUGCUCUUUGUGUCGCUGAUGUGUUCACGUCCCAUCGGAAAGUUUCAUCACUUCAUUUAUGAAGGUUGAUCCUGCGUCACGUUGGAGGAUAACUGGGAAGUUUUGGCCUGAUUCCAAAGUGAAGAGUUUCUGAUUCAAAGCUGGUCUGAACAGAUGAUCUGUGGUGUGAGGCGUUUACAGACGUCCUCUAAAUGUUACUGACUGGAUCAGAGACUCACUGAUUUUAAAUGACUUUAUGACUUUAAAUCCUGUAGUGUGAAAGAAGGAGCGGUGGAAUAUUGAUCACUCAGUCUGUUUCCAUGACGACAGAGAAAACUGAUUUAUAUAAAUCCCUGUAAACAUGUCAGUGUGAGUGAAAUGGUCCUGCAGUGAAUGUGUCACAGUGGGACUAACACACCCAGAUCAUGUGACUCCUGCAUGUAUACCGUUAA